CACAGCAUCCACGGUAUGAUGGAGGAGGAAAACGUGGUGCGGCCGCACCAGGAAAUCGCCGCCCUGUCGCUGGAGGAGAAAAAAUACUUGCUCGCCGUCGAGCGGGGUGAUGUCGCCACGACUCGAAGGAUACUGGAGAAAGCGGAAGCGGAAGCGCACAUCAACAUCAACUGCGUCGACCCGCUCGGCCGAUCCGCCCUGCUGAUGGCCAUCGACAACGAGAAUCUGGAGAUGGUCGAGCUGCUCAUCAAUCACCGGAUGGACACCAAGGACGCACUGCUUCACGCCAUCUCGGAGGAGUUCGUCGAGGCGGUCGAGGUCCUGCUCGACCACGAGGACAGCUGUCACAAGAAUGGUGAUCCUCACAGCUGGGAAGCACUUCCGCCGGAUACGGCCACCUUCACGCCCGACAUCACACCCCUGAUACUGGCGGCCCAUCGGGACAACUACGAAAUCAUCAAAAUCCUGCUCGACCGAGGGGCCACCCUGCCGAUGCCGCACGACGUACGCUGCGGGUGCGACGAUUGCGUCACUUCGCGGCAAGAGGACUCGCUGCGACACUCGCGGUCCAGGAUCAAUGCGUACCGCGCCCUAGCCAGCCCGUCCCUGGUGGCCCUCUCCUCGAAGGAUCCCAUACUGACGGCAUUCGAGUUGAGUUGGGAGCUGCGAAGGUUAAGCUUCUUGGAGCAUGAGUUUAAGAACGAGUACCAGGAGCUGCGCCGUCAGUGUCAGGACUUUGCCACGGCCCUGCUGGACCACACGAGAUCGUCGCACGAGCUGGAGGUGCUCCUGAAUCACGAUCCGACCGGGCCGGCCUUUGAGCACGGCGAUCGGAUGCAUCUGAACCGACUGAAGCUCGCGGUUAAGCUGCGCCAGAAGAAGUUCGUGUCCCAUCCGAACGUGCAGCAGCUGCUGGCCAGCAUCUGGUACGAAGGGUUGCCGGGCUUCCGGAGGAAAAACAUGGCACUGCAAGCGGUAGAGAUCGUACGAAUAGGAGUCAUGUUUCCACUGUUUUCCUUCUCCUACAUCAUCGCACCGCACUCGUCGCUCGGCCAAACGAUGAGGAAACCGUUCAUCAAGUUCAUCUGCCACAGUGCGUCCUACUUUACGUUUUUGUUUCUGCUUAUGUUGGCCUCGCAACGCAUCGAAACGGUCAUGGGUGGCGUGUGGGGAGCCGAAGUGAGCCAGCAGCAUGACGAAGUGCCUACGAAGCGGGGAGCCAGCCCAACACUGAUCGAGUGGCUCAUUUUGGCCUGGGUCAGCGGUCUGAUCUGGAGCGAGGUGAAGCAGCUGUGGGACGUGGGACUCCAGGAGUACGUCAAUGAUAUGUGGAAUGUGAUAGAUUUCGUGACCAACUCGCUGUACGUGGCCACGGUCGCCCUUCGGGUGGUGUCGUACUUUGAGGUCCAAAAGGAGAUGACCUACAACAAGUAUGCGGCCGAUUUGCCGCGCGAAAAGUGGGACACCUGGGAUCCGAUGCUCAUCUCGGAGGGUCUCUUCUCGGCCGCCAACAUUUUCAGCUCGCUCAAACUGGUGUACAUCUUUUCGGUGAACCCGCACCUGGGCCCACUGCAGGUGUCCCUGUCGCGCAUGGUGAUGGACAUAAUGAAGUUCUUCUUCCUGUACGUGCUGGUGCUGUUUGCGUUCAGUAGCGGUCUCAACCAGCUUCUAUGGUACUAUGCCGAUUUGGAGAAGAAACGCUGCCCGGACGUAUCGAACUUUUCCGGCAUCAACAUGACGGCGACGGAUCCGAAUGCCUGCGUCGUGUGGCGCCGUUUCGCCAACCUGUUUGAAACAAUUCAGACACUGUUUUGGGCCGUGUUCGGGCUGGUGGACCUGGAGAACUUCGAGCUGGACGGUAUUAAAAUCUUCACCCGCUUUUGGGGCAUGCUAAUGUUUGGCACGUACUCGGUGAUCAACAUCGUGGUGCUGCUGAACCUGCUGAUCGCCAUGAUGAAUCACUCAUAUCAACUGAUAUCGGAACGAGCGGAUGUCGAGUGGAAGUUUGCCCGUUCGAAGCUAUGGAUCAGCUACUUCGAGGAGGGUGGGACGUGUCCGCCACCGUUCAACAUCAUCCCCACGCCGAAAUCGCUGCUCUACGUCUUCCAGUGGGUGAAGCGAAAGUUCUGCGGCCACUCGAAGGCCGUCAAGAAGGAGCACAUGAAAACGAUUCGACGGAAGGUGAAACAGGCGAGCGAGCGUGACUUCCGGUACCAGAGCAUCAUGCGCAACCUGGUCCGCCGGUACGUGACGGUCGAGCAGCGGAAGGCGGAGUCGCAGGGCGUCACGGAGGACGAUGUGAACGAGAUCAAGCAGGACAUAUCGGCGUUUCGCUGCGAACUGGUGGAGAUCCUGAAGAACAGUGGUAUGAACACGGCCAUCGCCACCGGCCAGGGCAGUGGGGUCGGUGGCAAGAAGAACCGACAGAAGGAGCGCCGGCUGAUGAAGGGCUUCAACAUUGCGCCUCCGCCGGCUCCGGACACACCGCAACACUUGACGCCGGUGUCGGAGUUUAUGGGUCAGCUGCCGGAGCACUCACCGCACGAACUGUUUGCCGGUGUGUUCGGGCCGGGUUUGACCCCGAAAAAGGCGCUCCAUCAGGUGAACCCGAUGCACCAGUACUCGUCGCAGUCGCAGAGUUCGUUCGGUGAGAACAACAAUCCGAUGCACAAGCUGGCCAAACUGGCCCCGAAGUUCCACUCGAAGGGACGGCCCGGUUCGCACAAGAAGCGUUGGGGCACACUAAUUGAAGCCGCCAAACAUGGCAGCGUUUCGAAGUUUAUUGGACGUUCGCGAUCGGAAGACUCCGUGUGUAACCACGGGCCGGGUGGUAGGGGUGAAUCGGCUAGCCACAGCAACAGUCCGGCAUCGGACGAGGCCAUCACGGAGUCCCCGUCCGACUCGAACCCCAGCUUGGAUCGGCCCGAUGUGGAGCAGUGUCCCGAUCCGCAGCACAAGCCGCCCCAUCACAGCAGCAGUCAGCGUGGGGAACGCCGAAGCCAUCAGCAGGAUCGGCGGCAGCACGGUGGCAGCGAUCGGACCCAGCAGCACAGCAGUGGGACGAGCGGCAAGAACGGGCCCGUGAAGGAACACUCCCAUCACUAUCACCUGAACUUUGGUGCGCUGGCAGCGCUGAAGCGGAAGCGGAAAAAGUUCUCCAACAGUCGCAACUCCAGCCCGGUGCUGGAGCCGCCGAGCGAGGUGCCCUCGGUGACGAACUCGAGCGCCAAACCGACCAACGCCAGCAGUAAGGUACUGAGACGUGCUUCCAGCGUACCGACGCGUGAUGCCUGCGAUGAGCCGGAGCCAUCGAGCAGCGUGCGGCCCGGGCGCCACGAGGCCACCCAAAGCCAGCAGCAUUCCGUCGAGCAGCAGCUCGACGGUCCGGCGCCACUGACGCCGUCCACCACGGAGGAGAGCGUCGACCAGCAGCAACCGUCGGCGAUGCUCACCCCGAACGCGCAGACCACUUUGCCGAUGCACAAGCAUCAGAAGAUUGUGCGCGGACGGAACAGCUCCCACGAGCCGCUCCUGCGUCUGCAGGAGCAACGCGAUGGACCGGUCGGCGGGCCAGGUGGCCCAGGGGAUGGCGUAGCGGCAAUCGGUGGCCCAGGGGCAGGGCAGUCCACGUCGGUGGCCACGUCCGUGCUUCGUUCGACACCGAAAAUACCGGGCGUGACGCCAUUGCGGGGCCAUCUUCACUCCCAGGGCUGGUUGUAG